AUGGAGCACCUGCGCCAGACCACAAAGGAUAUCGCGGCUUGGGCACGUCAAAGUCAAAGGAAGCUUUUGAUUGCAGCCGCUGGUUUCCCGUCUUCGAUUGGACCUUUCGAAUGCUAUGUGUUGGUGUUUUCGAUUGGCCUAUGCUUCUUCAAUGCGCUCUUCGGUGGCGUCUACCUGUCGAUUUGGGUUUACGGCGUGGGCCGUUUCGUCGUGAAGGAGGACAGGCAAGAGCCUGAUGCCCAGGAUGUGGCUCAGGAAGAGGCCCUGGCUGGGGAAGAUGCAGGUUCUCCGACUGUACAUCCUUUCUGGUCGGAGAGAGCCAAGGCGGAGGUUGAACUUCAAAGGGCGAGGCCUUCAGGCUUGGAUGCUGAAGGGGCCAAACUUCCGGAAGUUCGGGUUGAUGAGCGUGAAGAUCAUCCAGCCUAUGAGGAGGGUCCAGGUUUGGGCAAGGGAAGGGGUGCAUCAGCGCCUCCAGAGUCAGAUGUUUUGAGGGCCGCUUCUGGAAGAGCGGAUGGCCAUUCUAGAAACAAGGUGGAUGGUGCAUCAAAGGGUCAGGAGUUUUUUCUGGAGCAGGCCCAGCAGAUCCGGGGAUUCAAAGAGCUAGCAGCUCAAGGACCUCCAAAAGCUACAAGCCCCACGGAGCCCCUGGAUCUCUUGUCUAUGUCGCCUGUGAAGAUGACUCCGGAAGAACUGAACCAACCUCGGUUUAGACCUCAUACAAUUCCGGAAGUGGACGGGCCUAUUUACCAGCCUGAGCGCGAGAUCCUACACCCAAAGCCGUUUGUAAUCCUGGAAACGGAAGCGACUGGAAACCUGCCGGAGCUGCAGCGUGGGGUGACAGAACGACUGCCGCUGGGUGUUCAGGAUUGGUGGGCCACGGGCUAUGGUGAGGAGUUCUGCAGGCUCUACGCUUCAGGAGGAUUCGUCAACAACCGGCACUGCAAGGAGGUCUAUCCCUCUGUCUCCGGAAGCCCAGAGAUCCCAGAAGAGUUCGGCCUACGAGAGCCUCCACGUCAGUCCUCCCUCGAUAUGGAUUUUGGCCCAUCUGUUCAUUCCCCGAUGGUUUUUCCUGGGGACAUGGUUCCGUCUAUGGACUUUGGACUUCACUCUUUUACAGGGUUCCUUCGAUGGACUUUGGACUUCAUUCUGCCGCGGGUGCUGGACCUCAUGGACUUCGCCCUUGGUCGCAGCUCCGCCCAUUCCUGGGGCGUGGAGCAACAGUCCAUCUCCUCCGAAACAUCCUGCGUUUGGAGCACAACUUCCAGUGCCAUCCUGCCAUGCUGUCUCCUCCUGCGCGGGAGCGGCAAUGCCUCGAUACCAAUCGCCUCCUCCGAGGCCUCCUUCUUCUACUCCGCGGCCAACCAGGCCUACGUGCGGUGGCUCUCCACUUCCCCGCUUGAAAGGCUGUCGAUCCAGAAGGAGUUUGAUCAAGUAAACUUGGUGCAGCCCCAGCAUGCCUUGCUGGAACAGCGAUGCGUGACCUUGAUUCUUCAGGCAAUCCCGGAUGCUGUGAGGGUUGACAUUGUCGCCUCACGCUGCAAAGCUGCUGAGGCAGUGGACCCAAUGGCGGAUGUGUUGCAGAAGCACUCCGCGAGCCUCUUCCGACUUGCCACUUUCCGUGAGCGGCUUGGGGUUGACUACCAGCCGACCUCCGACGCUGUGUCGGAGUUGUGUCGAAUGAUGCAGGCGGAGGUUGAGCACCUGACGCACUCCACGGAUGACAAUCCUGUGAAGGAUGAGGUUCCAGGCCGAGGGGAUGAUGCUAAGAAGCAGCGCUUGCAGCGCUUGCAGACGUCUCCCAGUACCCCGAAGGCCAAGGCUUCUCCAGCGGGACCCAAGUCGCCGGGUGCAGGCAUGAAACCUUGCAGGAGCUGGCUAACGGCUGGCGGUUGCAUGUACGGGUCGUCCUGUCAGUUCUACCACGACCAGGAUGAAGACAAGAUGCGGGGCCGAUGCUUCUGUUGCAGUGCCGAAGAUCACUGGGCGGACUCAUGCCCGGUGAAAGCCAGGUUAAAGGCGGAGGCUAAGGUUGCUACCGUAGACCCGCAAACCGCGCCGGCUGGGACCGCGAAUGACCAGGCAGAGGCUGCAGCUCCGAGCCAGGGGGAUGGCAACGCAGCCAUCAAUGCAGAAAUCUUGAGUGUGCUAAGGUCGAUCAAGACCAAGGCCUUGCGGCUUAGCGCUGUGAGCAACCCAACGGGCUACGGCUUGUUGGAUAGCGGGGCUUCCGCUUCUCUCCGCCAGGCAUCGCCUCAGGAAAUCCAGGAGUCCCGCCCGGUGAGCGUGUCUCUCGCGAUCGGCGAGGCUCUGAUGCAUGUGAACUCCGCAGGGACUUUGUUGGUCAGGGAGUCAGUGCAGCCAAUCUUGCCGAUGCAUGCGUUGCCGCUUUUGGGCUGUGAGAUCAACUGGACUGACAGGGGCAUUCACGUGCGGCAUCCAGGUCUCGGGAUUCUGCCGGUGAGACUCAAGGAUGGCACUCCUGAGUUGCCAGAGUUUCUGGUGCUUCGCCUGAUUGGCGAGUACGAGCGCUUCCUCUUGCGCCGUGAGACCUCAAGGGCCGUAUCGCAACAGCUUUGGCAGCGAUCAGUUGGCCAGGAGGAGGUUGGGCUUUCGUCCCUAAGGGAGUGGGUUGCAGCCCAUGUGGCGGCAGAUUCGUGCAGCGAAAGUGAGCUGCAGCUGAUCGUUAAGACCCUCUUUCCUGGGCUCCCAGAAAGGUUAGCGUCUCAGGUUGCGGUGAGUCCCACCUUUGAUCCCUCCUGCGUUCCUUUCAACCGCCGGACCAGGAGACAGCUGUUUGACCCUCAGGUCCCAACCUUGGUGCAUCUGUUUGCUGGAAAGCAGCGGUGGCGACAUUCUGUCGGCCAAGUGCUUGAGGUUGAUAUCUCCAGGGGAUCGGACCUUCUUUCUGAUGAUGUGUUUGGCAUGCUGCUGCGGGCAGCCACCCUGGGUGUCAUCGAUGGGGUCGUAUGUGGCCCGCCAAGCAGGACCUUCAAUCCUGAAGCCCUGGCGUCCUCCUCGAAUGGCUUGAAGUUCCGAGGGGAAGAGGGGGAUGAUAGGUUUGGGUUUUCAGACCUCAGCCCGUCCGAUCGUGCUUUGGUUGAUCGGGACACCCUGUUGUUCCUCCGGUCUCUGCUGUUGACCUUUGUGGCCUCGUGUGCCAAAGAGAAGUUCUUCAACUGCUUGGAAAUGCCUGAGACUUCCACUGCGUGGGAAUGGCCCGAGUAUGAGAAUGUUUCUGUGUGUCUGGGGGGAUGGACCGCCAGCUUCGACCAGGGCACUCUUGGCCAUCCCUGCUCUAAGGCCACUGCCGUGUAUACCAGCAGCUUUCAGCUGUAUGAGUCUCUUCAUGAGCUGAAGCUUCCUCCAGAGGUGAUUGAAGCCCCGGCUUCUAACUUCUACGGCAAGGAGUGGGCUCCCGGGCUUGUUAGCCGGGUUCUGCGGGCCUGGGAUGACUACUGCUGUGUCAGCUUUGAGCGCUUGCAGGCUCACACCCGUGAGCGGGAAGGACUCCUUCUCAACUUGUGCCAGGAAGCCACUGUGGCUAAGAUGUCACCCGAGGUUUGGGAAAGGCACUGCCAAGCAGAUCAUUUGCCGUAUCGCAAUGAUUGCCCAAUUUGCAUUCAAGGAGCUUCCCGCGAUCGCUCCCACUUCACGAAGCAUCCGCAUCUGUUUGAGCUCUCCAGCGAUGUUGCGGGUCCGUACCACAAGGGCCGUGACUUUGGAGGAGCAUGCAGGUAUUUUGUGAUUUUCACAAUAAGGGUGCCGGUCAAAAGUGAUAAGAAGGAGUGGCGGGAUAAGUCUUCUGAAAUAGCUUUCCAAGAAAAGGUUGAUGAGGCUAAGGCCCAGGAUAAGGAGGAUCCCCAUGCAAGCUUGAUCUACCAGCCGGUGCAUGUUACCGGAGAGCCCUUAAAGGGGGAUGCUGAGCAGCCUUCUCGGGUUAAGGUGUACACAAAGCUUGGGGAUGACUUCCUUGAAGAGCCAAGCUCGGCCGUUGGGGUUUCUUCCACGCCGGGGGAGGAUGACGACUCAGCUCUUCCUGUGAGCUUUGAGGUUAAAUCUCCUCACAAGCCUCCGCCGCUUCAGCCUGAGGGCAGUGACUCUGAUGAUGGUCAAGAGUUUGUGACUUUGGUGUGGGCUGAGCCGCUGAAGACCUGCCAGUCCUUCAAUGUGCAGCUUGCAAUCAUGCGUGCUGUUGCCCGCCUCCGAGCGUUUGGCAUUCCGUGCUUUCGCUUCCAUAGCGACAGGGCUCGGGAAUACUUGAGUGAUUCGCUUGAAAGGUUUCUAGCCGAGCAGGGCAUUCACUCCACAAGGACAGCCCCUGAGGAUCAUCCCUCAAACGGCGCCGCUGAGGUCGCGAUUCGAGAAGUCAAGCGAGCGGCUCGCAGAGCUCUUCUUUCGGCGAAUCUGCCUUCGUGCCACUGGCCCACGGCAGUGAGACAUGCCGGAGAAGUGAUGUGGCGUAAGGGCCUUGUUCGUUUGGGUGGUGCGGCCAGGUCUUUGCUGGCUUACGGCACGCCUGUUGAGGCUCGCAAGCGCCUUCGCCACAGGGAUGUUUGGAUGUCCCGAACUCGGUCUGGAGUUCUGAUUGGCCCGGCUCCGCAGACCUUGUCUUCGUACCUUGUGCUGUUUGAGGAUGACACGGUGUGCAUUACGUCGGCGGUGUAUCCUGUUGAUUACCGGCCGCGCCCUCCGUCUGAGCCUGCUGAGCCUCCUCUUAGGCCGAAGCCCUUGUCGGGUUCCAGCACAGGUGCGUUUUUGCCGACGCCCCACUACCGUCACGGCUCCAAGGGCCCUUCUGUUCGGGUCACGUUGCAAGGCCCUUCUCUUCCUGCUGCGGGGGGGAUGAGUGCCAUAGCAGAUUUUUCGGAUUUUUACGGUUCGGGCGAAUUUUCCCGUCGGAGUUUUUCGGAGUCUGAGGAUUCCUUGAAAGCUGGUUCGGAUGGGCCGGUUGACUUCCUGUCAGAUUCGGCUGACCAAUCACAGAUAACUGGGAUGCCGGAAGUUCCCCAGCAGGAGUUCUCGACCUUGCAAGGUGUCUAUGAAGAUCCAGCUGCUUCUGAUGAGGUUUUUUCUUCUGAGGAUAGAAGGGAAUCCGGAGAGGACUCAUGUUCAGAGAGCCCGGGGGAGAUUGCAGAAACCCGUGAAGCGGAUGACGCUCCGGGAAUGCCGCCUACCAAUUUGGGCGAGGGUUCAAGAAGCCCGGGGGAGCCUUGUGGGCAUCGGGUUCUAAGGUUUGUGGGGCCGAACCCACAGCAUAUGCCUGAGGCCAAUCCAGCCCCUGGUGGCAGAAAUGUGCAAGGUAUCAACCGCCGCGUGCUUCAGGUCUUUCUUGCCUACAUGUCUCCUGAGCAGUGGGCAGCGGUGUGUUAUCUUGAAGAGGAGGAAUUUGAACGUCAGAUGUCGGACCUUACCCGCUUCUUGGAUCCUGGUGAUCCUGUUGAUGGGGAUACCGAAAUCCCCUUCCUCCUUCUUCGGGGUACCUUGAGAAAUCACCGCUGGGAUCGCUAUCCCACCAUGGAAUAUCAAGAUGCCGAUGGCCGCCGGGCCCCUUUGUUUGAGGUUCUUCAGCACCAUGAUGAUGAUGGCUGGUAUGCCGAUGAUAGCGCAUUUGGGGAUAGGCUAGUUGCCUUCACCAUAAGGGACUUUCGGACCUCUGAGAUUCGGGUUGUAGUCUUGCGACUCUUUGAACAGGAGCCACUCAGUCCCUUGGCUGUGCCUGGUCCCAUUGACCCGCCUCAUAUUCGGGCACUCCGAGGGAAGGACGAGGCCUCCAGUUCCUCAGGGUCCUACAGCGCUUCAUCUAGCCAAGGCUAUCCGCCACCAAUGCUUGCUGAGACCUCGAGUGCUGCCGACCGUCCCGGCCAAGGCUACUCGCCACCCAUGCCCACCGAGGCUGCUGGAGCUCCAAACCCGUCUGGUUCGUUGUCUAGCUUUUCUUCGGGAUCGCUAGACGUGUCAGCGACGGGCCCGGUGUCUUCUAGUUCUGGAACACCUCCACUGUGGAUACUUACUCCACCCUGCAAUCUAGCAUCGCUGAAUGGACCAUUGAUCCUCCCAGCAAUCCUCUUUGCCACAUGCUCCAGUCAGGUGCACCGCUGA